AAAACAGUUUAGCUCUUUAGAGAAGCUAUAAAACUGACCUUCCUUUGAGCAGAUUGAGUUUCUGGAGCAUCACAUUUGUGGGGUCGAUUAAAUGCUCAAAAUGGCCAGAAAAAUGUCUUGACUGUAUUUUCUAUUCAUUUUACAACUUAUGGUGGUAAAUAAAAGUGUGACUUUUCAUGGAAAACACAAAAUUGUCUGGGUGACCCCAAACUUUUGAACGGUAGUGUACCCGCCAAAUGACAAAUUAAGUCUCCUCGGGCGACCGGACCACCACGAAUUUCGAGCCCUGUUUAUCGUUGUCAUGGGCAACGAUGGCUUAAAUCAGCGUUUCUGAACCUUUUUUCAGUCACGGCACCCUUCAGAAGUAUGCAAAUUCUCAAGGAACCCCCAUAUAAAAUAUACGCAGUCACGCUGACCAUACGCUGACCCCGGCAGUGACGUUGUGACAUGGGAAAGGGGACCGUGAGACAAAUUUUGAUGAUGCUUGAGGCGGCGAUGCUCUGCAUUAGUGUAACUAUCAUUUUUUUGGAAUUUUAAUUCAUUUUAUUUAUUUCAGUGUUAGAAUAUAUAAUUUUUUGACGGCACCCCUAAUGAAGCCAGACUGCACCCCAGUUGAGAAAGGCUGGCUUAAAUGACCAAAUAUGAGGUUUUUUUUGAUUAUUUUUUUUUUUUAAUUAAUAAAACCAGCCAGCUCCGUGGGAACAAAACUAACUGCCAGAGCGCGUGGUUGUUCAAAGUUUCUGUGGCAGUGGGUGGCAUUGAUUUAAAAAAAAAAAAAUCCUCCAGGAGCAGGAGGAGAGAAGGUCCUACGCCUACAACUUGUGCAGUCCUAUGGCCCUUGCAAGUCAGGUAACCCAUGUAGAGCCAUGGGAAAAAGGUAGCAGAAAGACAGCGGGGCAAACUGGGAUGUGCGGAGGGGUGCGGGGUGUUGGCACAGGUGGUAUCGUCUCCACAGCUUUCUGUCUACUGUAUAAGCUGUUCACGCUAAAACUGACCCGCAAACAGGUGAUGGGUCUCAUUACACAUACAGAUUCCCCAUACAUUCGGGCGCUUGGCUUCAUGUAUAUACGAUACACACAGCCCCCUGCAGACCUGAUAGAGUGGUUUGAGCCCUUCCUAGAUGAUGAGGAGGAGCUGGAUGUGAAGGCUGGAGGUGGAUGUGUGAUGACUGUUGGUGAGAUGCUGCGCUCCUUCCUCACAAAGCUUGAAUGGUUCUCCACACUAUUUCCACGCAUCCCGGUGCCGGUGCAGAAGACCAUCGACCAGCAGAUGAAGAACCGACCACGCAAACCACCACAGAAACAGGGCAAAGAGGAUGAGGAGGAUGGAGACUGGCACCGCUUAAGGUCCCCAAGAAGAACGCCGAGCCCUCGGAAAUCCCCAAACCGUUCCCGCAGCCGCAGUCACCACCGAGAACGACGUGGAGCCAGCUUCGACCGCGAGCUUCAGAGAGAGAGGGACCGCCAGCGCAAAGAUAGAGACAGGGAAAGGGACAAAGUGGAGAGAGACAGGGUUGCAGACAGGGGCAGAGAUCAAGAGCGGGAUCGUCGGCAUUCCCGAACCCCAGAUCGAGCCUCAGAGCGGCGAAAAACCCGGGAACAGAGGAAAGAGCGGGAUGGAGACAGUGAAAGAGAGCGAAGCCGUCGGAAGGAACGGGAGCACAAAGAGCGCACCAGUGGUGGAGAGCGAAACCGUGAGCGUUCAAAAGAUAAGAGGGCCAAAGGAGAAGCAGAUGAACGGCGUCAUAAAGAUGAGCGAGAGGAGAGGAGGCACAGGGAGGAGCGCAAGAGCAAGCGGUCAAGCCAAAGCAGGAGUAGAGAGAGGCGGCACAAAGGUGAGCACUCGAGCAGGAAAGGUUCUCGGUCACGCUCCAGGAGUCGUCAGGAACCAGAGGAGAAGAGCAGGAAGCGUGAGUCCAGCCACAGCAAGGAGCAUAUGCACAAACGCAGUCACAGCCAAGAACGCAGUCACCGCAGAGAUGCCAGCAAUGGCAAAGACCAUAUGAGAACAGACAUUGAAGUAACUCCAUGAGCUUACUUUCCUCACACUUGUCUUUUCCGUCUUGUUUUGGGACCUUGUCGUGCACCCCUACCUUUUGUCCUAAGUCACUUAGUGUAGAUGUCAUAAAACCUUUUCUGUUCCAUCACACUUUAAGCCAUUAUGGACAUGAGAAAUUCUUUUUAAAUAUUUUUGUUUUGAGGAAACCUUCUAGAAUGUUUGGACAUGUAUAAUUCUGGAGAAUGUUUUAAAUCAUACAGAUUAAUAUGUGCUGAGUGAAACUGGCAGCAUGGCAAAAGCAUAAUUGCUGUAAUUGUGCUGUGUUGCAUCUUGUUUCUUAAUAAAAAUCUUGUAUGAAAAGACAA